AUGAAAAAGCUGAUACAUCCAGGCCUCGCGCAGGAAGCUCUGUGUCGGUGGAUGCUGGAGGAGCACGGAGUCACGGUCACCCAAGGGACAAUCAGCGACGUCCUGAAGCGUUCUGCAGACCUGAUAGGUCCGCCCAAGAGCGAUACAGCCCUCCAUUCCAAGCGGCACCGUGCGGUUUCAUACCCGCUGAAACAAGCGGCAUCGUUCAUGAAGACGCUGUAUCCAACCGUCAAGGAUGAGGAUGCACCCGCAUUUUCAAUCACUUGGUUGCAAAAAUCUAAAAAUCUCCACGGCAUCUGCUUGCAUCUUCGCUUUGGCGAAAGCGGAUCUAUUGACAUUGAAGCACUGGAGGAGCGCCUGCCGGAAAUCCGUGCUCAAUUAGACCAGUACAACGUCGUCGAUACCUUCAAUGUGGAGGAGACCGGCCUGUUCUACCGACUGCAGACCGAUUCAUAG